AUGGAUAAACUGAUGUCCAGGGCAGGGACUGGGUUUAUUUCGGUGGUGGUUGGUAGUUUUGCGAGAAACUUGGUAUUGGGUUUUUAUUCAAGUGAUCAAUCACACGAAGGUUUGAAUGGAAACAACAGUUCGGGUGUGUCCUAUGUUGGAUCAAAUUUGUCGAAUUUGCCUGACUGGGUAGAUGUGGUCUGCGAUGACAAAUGCAAAGUACUUAUGGCCGAUUGCAUUCAGACAUUUGUGAGCACAGCAGUUGCUGUUUAUCUUGACAAAACAAUGAGUAUCAAUGUCUAUGAUGAAAUGUUCACUGGGUUGACUAACCCUAAGCACCACAUGAAAGUGAGAGACAUUCUGGUUUCUCUCUGUAAUGGGGCAGUGGAAACGCUUGUGAAGACCUCUCAUCAAGUGCUGACGAGUUCAAAAUCUGAUUCAGAGUUCAGUUCAAGUUCCUCAUGUUCCAGUGUUGAUCAGAGUGAAGCCCCAAGCGGAAACAAGCUUUUCAAGCAAGAAGCACCUCCAAGAAAAUUGAAAGAGCCAGGCAGACCUAUAGAGAUACAGAAUAGUGGAUGGGUGAGUGGUGUUUCAUCUACCUUGGCCGUCCCAAACAAUCGGAGGUUCGUGCUAGAUGUGACUGGGAGGGUGACAUUUGAAACUACGAGAUCAGUUCUAGAGUUUUUCAUGUGGAAGCUGUCGUAUGGCUUGAAAAGAAGUUAUAAUGUAGUUCAUGAAGAGAUUGUGGACAGGGGACUGGAAGUUGUCAGAUAUGUUGGUGCUAAAUCUUCUAUUAUUCUAACCAUAUGUCUUGCCCUCCUUUUACACAUCCUUGGCAGCACCCGUGCCAUGUUACCUGCAUAA